CAUUCAUCCUCUCGACAAUUGUCCGAGUUUAUUGAAUACGAUUUCCACGUCGCUUUUUCUCCUCACUCGAAUUCUUUACAAGACUUCUACGACCUGUUCGACUUUGACUUCAGCAAAAUCUACCAUCGUCUUGUCCAAAUCGGAUUUGGAAUAACAAGUUCUGACAAGCAUCUCUAUUGAAUCGAUUCACCCGAUCUCGAAAGCCUUUAUCAUGUCUGCUUCUCCAGCUCCGGCAAACGGCCAGCAAGGAGGCAGUGAGCAAAUCACUUUCCGAUUCUGCCGCGAAUGUUCCAACAUGCUUUACCCCAAGGAAGAUCGUCUUAGCAAUACGCUCAUGUUCGCCUGUCGAACCUGUCAGUUCAGCGAGCCCGCUACCUCAUCCUGCGUCUUUCGCAACAACCUCUCCACAAAUGUGGCCGAAACGGCAGGAGUAACGACAGACGUCGGUUCCGAUCCUACGCUGCCGAGGUCGAACAAGCAGUGCCCGAGCUGCAGCGAGACCGAAGCGGUAUUUUUCCAAUCUCAACAACGUUCUGCAGAGACCGGAAUGAAACUUUUCUACGUCUGCUGCAGUUGCGGCAAUAUUUUCUUUUAA